AUGUCCGCAUCCUUUUCUGUCCACAACUCAACUUGGCCUCCAGAUCCUCCAGCUCCCAAUGUGGGAUAUCUCAGUCGCAAAGCCCUACCGAUCAAGCGUGCUGAUUCAGUGCCACUCUCCAGAGAAGACGUACAAUACGAUCUUCUCCAACAUAUAUUUGCCGACAAGAACGUCGUCUUUACCAGCCAGGCCCCGGGCACCAUUGGCAAAGUCCACUUCUGCGACUUAUACGUGAAUGCGAUCUACCACUCGACCAGGUGCUCCAAAGUCCUCAAGGACAAGAUGGUGGAAACACCUGCCUUUGCAGUGGAGCUCGCAAAGCUAUCCCUCCUGACCAAUGUGGGGCGCAUAAACACCACCAUGGCGUUCUUUCCUGAGAUGAAAACGGCACUCCGGUCAUAUCAUCCUGUGCCAUCUCUUCAGAAGACGGACGGGAACGCUCAGGACGCGCCUCGUAUCAAGAACUGCCUCAAGGCGGCCUUGCUUCCAUCCGAAUACAGGGUUAUGCCGCCGUCAACACCUGAGGAAAUAUUGGAAAAGAGCCGGGCGCGAACUUUGCCUCCUACAAGUGUCGUGAAUUUGAUUUUCGUGCUUGCGAACCAUGCCGCGCCCCUGGCGAAUGUUCACUUCGAGUCGCCGCUUAACUUUUUGGACCUUUUCCUGCCCGUCAGACUGUCAUCAGCUGAUCGGGCUCGAGCAUUUCUCUGGCUCAUCUUCCAUUAUCUAGAAGGCCCAGACGAGCCUAAUCCGUUCGACGACAGUUAUUCUAGGCAACAUCCAGGGAAAAUUCCACGAAUAAGACAAUUAACCGAACCGGAGGCGGCGAUUGAGAAUUGCGAUACCGAAGAGGAGCUUGAAUGGGGCAGCAUGAUGUCUGCCAAGCGGCGCACAUUUCUCAAGAGACUGAUAGAAAAUCAAGACCGUGAGGGGCCGUCGCCGGUAUCAAGAGCUACCGUCAGCAGUACAAAUAUGAGCACAUCGCAGUCUAAGGCUCGAAAUAACCACGAACAGAAUGGGGAGAGAGCAUACAUUCCCUAUGUGCCUCACGUUGCUUCCCUUUCCAUUCCAAACCAAGUGUGCACAAAUGCAGCACCGGGCCAAACAUCGGCACCCGUGCCUACAUCUGCGGCUCCUUCACAGGGAACUCAUUCGAUGCUAGAGCAUGCCUGGAACGUUAUAAGAUCGACGGAUCCCCUCGCCGACUCAGACGAAGAGUUAAUGGACGAACGUGUUCUGGCAGACUAUUCCCGUCGAGUGGAAGUGAUUAGCCGACUCAGAGGGCGACCUCCGACUCCUCCUGUGACCUAACGGCCUUGAGACCAGCAACGUUCUUUGGUAGCCAUACAGCAAGACUGUUGUGAUCCAAGUGACCACUGGCGUAGAUGAAGGGUCUCGAUAUUCUUUUGCAAAGAUAUAAUAGUUCCGAUGCAUGACGCAGGGCCAGAUUGCAGAUGCAGACACACAGGUUUACUCGAGAGUCGCACAUAUUUACGCGUAGUCUAUUAUGAUAAUCCAACGUUGACGUUGCAGCACCCGGGCCACCCCC